UGCGGAAAAUAAUAAGAAAUAACAACUAAUUAGGCAACUAGAAUUGUAGCCGUUCUCUUCUGUCUCUUUCUCUCUGGGUCGUCUCUUUCCUUUAUAGCUCAUAGUUUCUCCCACUCGAUCCUUCCUUUUCUCCAAUCUGAUAAUGUAAAUUCACAGACAGAGAAAUUUAAAGAAACAACUAAACAUCAUUGUGUUCGUACCUAAGAAAAGAGAAUGGAUUUGUUCAAGAUCCUGUUUCUUAUGUUCUUGGUGAACUUCAGUUUCUGCUUCGCUGCAGAUCCAUAUGCUUUCUACAACUUCGAAGUCUCCUACAUUACCGCUUCUCCACUUGGUGUUCCUCAACAGGUCAUUGCUAUAAAUGGAAAGUUCCCUGGUCCCACAAUCAAUGUCACGACCAAUGAAAACCUGGUCGUGAAUGUGAGAAACAAACUAGACGAGGGACUUCUUCUUCACUGGUCUGGAAUCCAACAGAGACGUGUUUCUUGGCAAGACGGACUUGCAGGAACUAACUGUCCAAUCCCACCAAAGUGGAACUGGACUUAUGAGUUUCAAGUUAAGGACCAAAUCGGAAGCUUCUUCUACUUCCCAUCUCUUCAUUUCCAAAGAGCUUCUGGUGGGUUUGGCUCCUUCAUUGUCAACCCUAGAUCAGUUAUUCCAGUCCCUUUCUCGACUCCAGAAGGUGAUAUCACCAUUGCCAUUGGUGAUUGGUACACAAGGAACCACACGGCUUUGAGGAAGGCUUUAGAUGAUGGUAAAGAUCUUGGAAUGCCUGAUGGGGUUCUUAUUAACGGAAAAGGACCUUACCAAUACAAUACGACUCUUGUUCCUGAUGGAAUCGAUUACGAAACCAUCACAGUCCAUCCGGGAAAGACUUAUAGACUUAGAGUAUCGAAUGUGGGAAUCUCGACGAGUUUGAACUUUAGGAUCCAAGGCCACAACUUAGUUCUUGCGGAAUCUGAAGGAUCCUACACAGUUCAACAAAACUACACAAGCUUGGAUAUUCACGUUGGGCAGUCUUACUCCUUCUUGGUUACUAUGGACCAAAACGCAAGCUCUGAUUACUACAUUGUCGCCAGUGCUCGGAUUGUUAAUGAAACCAUAUGGAGAAGAGUCACUGGAGUUGGUAUCUUGCACUACACCAACUCUAAAGGAAAGGCAAAAGGUCACUUACCCCCUGGACCACAAGAUGAAUUCGACAAAACAUUCUCCAUGAAUCAAGCAAGAUCCAUCAGAUGGAAUGUUUCAGCAAGUGGAGCACGUCCUAACCCACAAGGUUCGUUUAAGUACGGUUCCAUCAAUGUAACCGAUGUCUAUGUUCUGAGGAACAAGCCGCCUGUGAAGAUCAAUGGCAAAAGAAGGACAACACUUAGUGGCAUAUCGUUUGUGAAUCCUUCUACACCUAUAAGGCUAGCUGAUAAGCAUAAGGUCAAAGGAGUUUAUAAGCUUGAUUUUCCUAAGAGACCUUUAACUGGACCACCUAGGAUGGAGACUUCGAUCAUCAAUGGCACUUACCGCGGUUUCAUGGAAGUCAUUCUUCAGAACAAUGACACUAAGAUGCAAAGCUACCACAUGAGUGGCUAUGCCUUCUUCGCUGUCGGAAUGGACUACGGAGAGUGGACAGAGAAUAGUAGAGGAACUUACAACAAAUGGGACGGUAUUGCACGCUCAACCAUUCAGGUGUAUCCAGGGGCAUGGUCAGCGAUCUUGAUAUCUUUGGACAAUCCUGGAGCUUGGAACCUGAGAACAGAGAAUCUUGAUUCUUGGUAUCUCGGACAAGAAACGUAUGUUAGAGUUAUUAAUCCAGAUGAAAACAACAAGACUGAGUUCGGGGCGCCUGCUAAUGUCCUUUACUGUGGUGCUCUACAGAAAUUACAAAAGCCACAGAAGAUUUCAUCAUCGGCCACUAGGAGCAUUGGAUUCACGAGUCUUUCAAUGGUGGUAAUGGCUUUGGUGAUGAUGGUUCUGCAUUGAAAUGUAACUUGAGGGUUUGCUUGUAUUUUUCUAGGGCUUUGUUGAGAUGAUGAUUCUUGUUCUUACGUUUCCACAGUUCUUCUAUUUGGGGCUUGUUGGAUUUCUCUGACUUUUUUUUUAUUUGUUUUAUCUGUUGUUCUAUUCUUUUUCCGGGAGUCUCUUGAUUAUUUAAGAAGAAUGGAAGAUUAUUCAUUGAAUGUUGAAAUUGUUAUAAGUUUUGGUGGUUAUUAUUAGUAUUUUUUUUUAACCAAAGCUUCAUAGUUUUAACUAAUUUGAACCCCAAACUUUAGCCAUUGUAUUCGAUUAAGCGGCUGUUUAAACGCGAAAUUCAC